UUCUAUAGGGGCAGGGGGAUCCUAGUUCUUCCUGCAUGAAACUGGAAGCUCAUGAGGCGCUGCUAUCAACCUUUGUAAUAUCUCACCAGUUGACCACAUUGUCUUAAAUGAUGCCAAAGGUUCAAUAAAAAAGACUUUUCACUUUUCCCAGUGUGGAACUAAUUCUGUGCCAGGCCUUCCAUUAUAGCCACACUGAAGCAAAGGGAGGGUGGAGACCUGAAACACUUCCUUCUCUUUGUUUGACCCCGUGCCCAUGUGCACAGGUCUUGGGAAUUCACAUUUUUACUUAAGAGAUAAAUAAUGGAAAACCUGAGCUAAAGAUGGGGUCAGUAGAGUCAUACUUUGGCAACUUGUGUGGAGAAGAGAAAAAACAAGAGGAGGAGAGAUAUGUUCGAGCUAAUGACAGACCUUUCAACCUGUCUCACAACUAUGCUAACAAUGCCAUCAGAACCUCCAAGUACAACAUUUUCACGUUUCUGCCUCUUAAUCUGUUUGAGCAGUUCAGGAGGCUGGCUAAUGCUUACUUCCUCUUCCUACUCCUCCUUCAGUUAAUCCCACAAAUCUCCUCUCUGUCCUGGUUCACCACAGCUGUGCCUUUAAUUUUGGUGCUGGCCAUGACAGCGGUCAAAGAUGCCAGUGAUGACAUAAACAGGCACAAAAGUGACCGACAAGUGAAUAAUCGCAUGGUGAACGUCCUCAUCGAUGGAGAACUGAGAAAUGAAAAAUGGAUGAAUGUUCAGGUUGGGGAUGUUAUUAAACUGGAGAGCAAUCAAUUUGUUACAGCUGAUCUCAUGUUGCUGUCCAGCAGUGAACCUCUCAAUCUGGUAUAUGUGGAAACAGCUGAGUUAGAUGGUGAAACAAACCUGAAAGUGAAACAGGCCUUGACCCUCACAGGAGAGAUGGGAGAAUGCUUCAAAGAUCUUUCCGCCUUCAAAGGUGAAGUGCGAUGUGAGCCUCCAAACAACCGUUUGGACAAAUUCAAAGGAACCUUGACUGUAAAUGGACAAAAUUAUGGCCUGGAUAAUGAUAAGAUACUGCUCAGAGGGUGCACUCUAAGAAACACAGAGUGGUGCUUCGGUCUGGUCCUCUUUGGAGGUCCAGACACCAAGCUAAUGCAGAACAGUGGAAAGACAAAAUUUAAACGGACCAGCAUUGAUCACCUGAUGAACAUCCUGGUGUUGUGUAUCUUUGGUUUCCUGUUUACCUUAUGCUUCAUUCUGGCCAUCGGCAAUGUGAUCUGGGAGGUCAAAGAAGGCUCUCCGUUCACAGUGUUUCUUCCACGUGAACCGGGCGUUAAUGCUGCUUUGUCCUCCUUCCUCUCUUUCUGGUCCUAUGUCAUUGUCCUCAACGCAGUAGUGCCCAUUUCCCUCUACGUCAGUGUGGAGGUCAUUCGCCUUGGGAACAGCUUCUUCAUAAACUGGGACAGGAAGAUGUAUUAUCCUAAGAAUGACACUCCUGCUCAGGCGAGGACCACCACACUCAACGAGGAGCUAGGCCAGAUUAAAUACAUCUUUAGUGACAAGACUGGCACUCUGACACAGAACAUCAUGGCAUUCAACAAGUGCUCCAUCAAUGGAAAAAACUAUGGGGAGCUGUAUGAUUUUUCCGGACAAAGGGUUGAAAUAACGGAGAAAACACAGAAAGUGGACUUCUCCUGGAACAAGCUGGCGGAUCCAAAGUUCACCUUCCAUGAUCAUAGUCUAUUGGAGACUGUAAGAGACGGAAACCCCGAAGCUCAGGCCUUCUUCCGUCUGCUGGCUCUGUGCCACACCGUCAUGCCUGAAGAAAAGAAAGAGGGGGAGCUGAACUACCAGGCUCAGUCUCCUGAUGAGGGCGCUCUGGUCACCGCAGCAAGGAACUUCGGAUUUGUGUUCCGCUCUCGCACACCUGAGACCAUCACCAUGAUGGAGAUGGGUGAAAAGGUCACAUAUGAACUUCUGGCUGUUCUGGACUUUAAUAAUGUGCGGAAGAGAAUGUCAGUAAUAGUACGUGGCCCUGAUGGCAAGAUGACCCUGUACUGCAAAGGUGCUGACACCAUCAUCUUUGAAAGAUUAGACCGCUCUUGUAAGAAACUGAUGAAAGUUACAACGGGACACCUUAAUGAAUAUGCAGGAGAUGGGCUACGCACUCUUGCUCUGGCCUACAAACACUUGGAGGAGAGCUACAUGGAAGAGUGGAUACAGCGCCACCAUGAGGCCAGCACAGCCCUGGAAGGACGAGAAGAGAGACUUGAUCAACUGUAUGAGGAGAUCGAGAAAGACAUGAUUCUGUUAGGAGCGACAGCUGUUGAAGACAAGCUGCAAGACGGCGUACCACACACUAUUGAGCAGCUGGCCAAAGCAGACAUCAAAAUCUGGGUGCUGACUGGUGAUAAACAAGAGACAGCAGAAAACAUCGGUUAUUCUUGCAACAUGCUAAGAGAGGAGAUGAAGGAUGUUUUUAUUGUGGCUGCCAAUACAACUGAAGGGGUCAAACAGGAGCUGCAGUACGCUAGAAGGAAAAUGUGUCCAGGAGCAGCAGAGGAGCCAACAGUGACCAAAGCCCGUGCAGGCCUGUUUUGGCUUAAGAAGAUGGAGACGGUGCAGGAUGAAAAAGUUGAAGGGGAAUAUGGUCUAAUAAUAAAUGGACACAGCUUGGCCUUUGCACUGGAGAAGGACUUGGAGUUGGAGCUGCUGAGGACAGCAUGCAUGUGCCAGACAGUGAUUUGCUGCAGGGUCACCCCUCUGCAGAAAGCCCAGGUUGUUGAACUGGUCAAGAAAUACAAGCAGGCAAUCACAUUGGCCAUUGGAGAUGGGGCCAAUGAUGUCAGCAUGAUCAAGGCUGCUCAUAUUGGUGUAGGAAUCAGCGGUCAGGAGGGGAUGCAGGCAGUUCUCUCAAGUGACUUCUCCUUUGCCCAGUUUCGUUACCUCCAGCGCCUCCUGCUGGUGCAUGGGCGCUGGUCUUAUCUCCGCAUGUGCAAGUUCCUACAAUAUUUCUUUUACAAGAACUUCACUUUCACAUUUGUGCAUUUCUGGUAUGCCUUCUUUUGCGGCUUUUCUGCCCAGACCGUGUAUGAUGAGUGGUUCAUCGCUUUGUACAACUUGGUUUACACAUGUCUCCCAAUCCUCAGCUUGAGCCUCUUUGACCAGGAUGUAAAUGACCGCUGGAGUUUUCAGUAUCCCCAGCUUUACUCUCCUGGCCAGCUCAAUAUGUAUUUCAGUAAAAAAGCCUUUGUGCGCUGCAUGAUGCACAGCUGCUACAGCUCCCUAGUCCUCUUUUUUAUCCCCUGGGGUGCAAUGCAUGACACAGUCAGAGAUGACGGCAGAGAUCUUGUGGACUACCAGUCCUUUGCUUUGCUGGCACAGACCUGUUUGCUUGUCGUGGUGAGCGCCCAGCUGUGUAUAGACACCUAUUACUGGACAACCGUAAACCAGUUUUUUGUGUGGGGCAGCCUGGCUGCCUAUAUUGCUAUCACUUUGACCAUGUACAGCAACGGCACGUUUCUGAUCUUCACCUCCAUUUUCCCCUUCGUUGGAGCAGCAAGAAAUUCUUUGAAUCAGCCAAAUGUCUGGUUGACCAUAUUCCUGGCUUCACUUCUCUGUAUCCUGCCUGUGGUGGCUCUGCGCUUCAUCCUCAUACAGAUUCGUCCAACUAUCAACGACAAGGUGAGACAUAAGAUGCAAAUGGAGGCGCCACCAGCACCUGCUCCUCGCCGUCCAGUGAGGCGUGUCAGCACCCGGCGGUCAGGCUAUGCCUUCUCCCAUUCUCAGGGCUAUGGUGCUUUGGUCACUUCAGAAAGAUUCCUAUUUAAGCGACCUCUUAAAAGUCUGCUUGCCUUUUCUAUCCAAACAGACUUACCUCUGGCUACAAAUCAGGCAAAGCUCUUCCGUCCAAUACCAGAGGAGAUAGAGGGGUCACAGAGCUCCCAGAUUUAGGCCAUAUGUAUGCAGAACCUGAAAUGUUGCUGAGAAUUGAUACUUUAUAAAACUUACAGUGGAUGCACAGGGUAACGUUUGGCGACUUGGUGACUGGAACACUUGAAGCUUAGUAAGGUUAUUUUGCAAUGAAUAACAUCACUGUGAAAACCUUAAGCCCUAGAGGUUAGCUCUUGUAUGUUUUGCUUGACUGAUUUAACUUUAAUUUCCUGAGGUGUGCAUCACUACUAAAACUUUUGAAAACAUACCAAAAGCCUUAAGAAAGCUUUUUCCUUUUCAAUAUUAAUUGAGAUACAACUAUUAUAUAAAAUGGAUUUGUUUACCAAGCUAUAUAUUUCUGAUAUAUUUACUUUUAAGGAUUAGAAUGAAAUGGACUAUUGAAAAAAUGAAAAUAACUAUUAUUUAAACAAUCUCAAAUAUGAAUCUGGUUGAGCUCUGUUGAGGGCUGUAAAAAACAGUGCCCUGCAAAAGUAUUCAUACUUCUUGAAUUCUAUCAUUUGGUUACAUUAAAACCAACAUUUUCACUGUGUUUUAUUAAGAUUUUAUAUGAGUAGAAAUUGUGGCAUGCAUUGCUAUUCAAGCCCCUAAGUCAAAUUUCUUGUAGAACUUCCUUUUUACUGCAUUUACAGCUGCAACAUUUACAGGGGUAUGUCUCAUACCAGUUUCUAAAUAAUCAAAUUCCUCCCCAUUCAUCUUUGAAAAAUAGCUUAAGCUCAGUUACUUUGGAUAGAGAGCAUUUUAAAAUGGCAUUUUAAAAAUUUUGUGACAGAUUUUCAGCUGGAUAUAUGUCUGGACUUUGACUGGUCCAUUACAAUGCAUGUGCUUUAAUUUAAGCCAUUCCAUUGUAGCGCCGGCUCUAUGUGCUCAGUGUCUUGCUAGAAGGUGAACCUCUUCCCCAGGCUCAAGUGUUUGGAGCCUCUAACAGGUUUUCUUCCAAGAUUGCCCUGUAACUCCAUCCUUCCCAUCAACCAUUUAGGUGUUGAUUUUUCUUUUCUUUUAUUGUCCACAUAUUAACAUAAAGUGAUAUCUCAGUGCAAUUUAAUUUGUUAAUAUCAGUUUGUAUGACAAAUUGAAGUUUUAAAUGCAAGUCUGAAAAAAUAUGGGGUCAGUCUGAAAACUGCUUUUGGUAUUAGGGUACUCAAAUAUUAUUUCUUGUGCAUUAAAGAAGUGAAACAAUGACUUUUUUUAACCUAUUAAAAACUUUUUUUAAUGUUGUGUUUGUUCUUCUAAUCUAAUGCUGUUAAAAAAGUUGUAAUGCCACCAUGUAUGACAGUAAUCUUGUUUCUAAAACACAGAAGGCAGUGUUGUCUUUUGAACUCCACGUUAAACCUUUUAUAUCCUCUAAAAUGUAGAUGAAGCAGUUUGAUUUCCAUUAACUGUGUUAAACGAAAAACUCCAACAAACAGCAAACCACUCUUCUAAAUUAUUGUAUCUUCAAGUUUUUUUUCAUGAUAAAUCUUUGUUUCAUACUGAACCACACGUUACCACUGAUAAUCCAAUUCAUAUGCGUUUUCUAUUAGAUAAUAAAAAUUAUCUGAUUUACUA